UACCCACUCACUCCGUCCACUUCGAGGGGUUCGUCACUCCUCACGAGAUGCUGGCGCCAGAAUGACUCUCUCACUUCUCGCCUGGUUCCGGCGGUUAUACUCCCUCGACACCCUCGAUACUCGUUUUACAGCCUCUGCGACCACUCCCGCCAAAGUCGCCGCGGCUGACGCGCGACCUGCCUCUACCAAAGAUCCCCGUUCUGCUGCCAUUGCCCGCAAUGCCUCGCCUUCGAGAUGGAGCACCUUCGAAUUCUAUAUCUACUACAUCGUUUUCUUGAUCGCUGUGCCAUUGAUGUUCACGACGGUCAUUGCGGUGUCGCAAAAGAGCCAUCCCACUUAUGCCACAUACUCUCACUUACUCGAGGACGGUUGGAUACCCGGUCGCAAAGUUGACAACUCCGAUGCCCAGUAUUCCGGUUUCCGAGAGAACGUUCCUUACCUCCUCAUUCUCCUAGUCGGCCAUCCAAUACUUCGCCGAGCCUACAAUCGAUAUGUCAGCCCAGUCAGCCCAGUCAGCCCAGGCCUGGGCUCUGCAAAGGCCUCUCCGGUCGUCGCAGCUGGAGAUGCCCGCCUCAAGCAACGAAUCGGUUUUGAUUAUUACUUCGCGUUUGUCUUCAUCGUUGCGCUCCACGGCGUUUCCGCUUUCAAGGUUCUCACGAUCCUUUACAUCAACUAUCGAAUCGCCAAAUCGAUGCCCAGAAGAUACAUUCCCGCAGCAACCUGGACAUUUAACAUCGUGACAUUGUUUGCUAAUGAGCUCUGUGGCGGCUAUCCGCUUGAGCGCUUAGCUACUCUCCUUGCACCUUCUUUUGAUGCUACCAAGGAAUUGUCCGCCCUGGUACUCUGGGCUCGUUCGCUCGAUGGCUUUGGGGGUAUCAUCCCCCGCUGGGAGAUUCUGUUCAAUAUCACGGUGCUCCGUCUGAUCAGCUUCAAUAUGGACUACUACUGGAGCCUAGACUACCCCGCUGCAAGUCCCAUUGAAAAGAAGCAACUCGAUCCAGCAGCACUCUCCGAGCGGGACAGGGUCAGUAUCCCGGCCGAGCUGUCCGCUUUCAACGGUCGUUCCUACGUCGCCUACGUGCUUUACGCACCCCUCUACCUGACAGGACCUAUCCUGACCUUCAAUGACUACAUUUCCCAACAAAGAUACGCCCCACCAUCACUGACUACCGCAAGAACAACCCUCUACGGAAUUCGCUUCUUCCUUACUCUCCUCGCGAUGGAGCUGAUCCUCCACUACAUCUACGCCGUCGCUAUCUCCAAAGCCUCACCCGACUGGUCCCUGUAUACAGCCGGCCAACUCAGCAUGCUCGCUUACUUCAACCUGCACAUCAUCUGGCUCAAGCUGCUGAUCCCAUGGCGCUUCUUCCGCUUCUGGGCCCUGGUGGACGGUAUCGACCCUCCGGAGAACAUGAUCCGCUGCGUCUCCAACAACUACUCCGCCCUAGCGUUCUGGCGCGCCUGGCACCGCUCCUUCAACCGGUGGAUCGUCCGCUACCUCUACGUCCCGCUCGGCGGGGGCAGCGGGGCCCAUGGCAGCAGCCGCGACUCCGCCUCGUCCGGGGUAUUCGCCAAGGGCCGUAAGAUCUUCAACACUCUCAUCGUGUUCACCUUCGUCGCGCUCUGGCACGACAUCAACCUGCGCCUGCUCAUGUGGGGCUGGCUCAUCACGUUGUUCGUGCUGCCCGAGGUCAUCGGCGGCCUGCUCUUCCCCGCCAGCCGCUGGCGCUCGCGUCCCACCGCCUACCGUGUGAUCACCGGCGUCGGCGCCGUGGCUAACGUGCUGCUGAUGAUGGUCGCCAACCUCGUCGGCUUUGCGCUGGGGAUCGAUGGGCUCAAGGGCCUGGUGGCGUCGAUCCUAGGCUCCUGGGCUGGCAUCGUGUAUAUCAUCACGGCGUGCUGUGCGCUAUUCGUUGGCAUCCAGGUGAUGUUCGAGAUUCGGGAGGAGGAAGCCCGCGCGGGCAUCAACCUGAAAUGUUGA